AUGUCCUUCACCAUUAACGACUUGAGGGAAGCGUGCAGCAAAUAUUUCCAGUUGGUAAUCCUUGAGAGUUUGAACCCUACAGCCACCCUCGAUGCGCACGAGUUGCGAUUUUCCAUCCGGCCACAAGUUUCUUACCCGAGAACUUUCCAACGUCAGGUCGACCAUGUGGAGACAGUUGCAACGACGCACAUUCCAGUUAAACGUCCGGGCCCGGAAGGUGUUGCGGUGGGUGACUUUGACGGAGAUGGCCAUCUCGAUAUUGUGGUUGCGAAUGGGGUCGACGAUACGGUGAGCGUCUUGCUCGGAACUGGAUCAGGGAAUUUCCAGGCGCAGGCCACGUUCCCUGUGGGGUCAUUUGCGCACGGCGUUGCACUGGGCGACUUCGACGAAGACGGCCACCUCGAUAUUGUGGCUUCAAAUGCAGCCGAUGAUACGGUGAGCAUCUUGCUCGGGCGGGAUUGGAUCGAAGAGCUUCCAGCGGUAGGCGACUUUAACGAAGAUAGCUAUCUCGAUAUUGUGGCUUCGAACUGUGUUGCAGCAGGCGAGUUCGACGGAGAUGGCCAUCUAUACAUCGUGACUACGAAUGAUGCCGACAGUACAGCGAGCGUCUUGCUUGGGAAGCCUUGCGGCGCUUAG